GGUGGAUGGAUAGAAAAAGAACGUGGCGGUGACAAAAGAUGGUCAAUUGAUUUGCAGCACAUUAUUAAUUUAAUUUAUGUUUGUGAGGAAUCAACAAACAAACAUGAAAGCAUUAAAAAAAAGUUGAAAGGAAAG